AUGACGGUCAAAGAUAUUUCUCACGACGCCCCCCCGGCUUCCUACGAGGCGUUCUUAGCGCUAGCUCAAGACAGGCGUUCCGUCUACCAGCUCUCAGCUUCCAGCCCCGUGCCAGACUCGAAGAUUCAGGAAAUCGUCAGCAAUGCCGUCCUGCAUGUGCCGAGCUGUUUCAACACGCAGUCCACACGCCUCGUGCUGCUGCUGCAUGACGAGCAUAGGAAAUUGUGGGAUAUUACUAUGAAGAUGUUUGAGGAGGGGCUCGUUCCGGACGGGAAGGUACCGAAGGAGAUGUGGGAGAGCCAUACGAAGCCCAAAUUGGGAUUGUUUAAGGCCGCGUAUGGGACUAUUCUCUUCUUCGAAGACCCGGCGCACGUCCGCGGCCUGGGAGAGAAGUUCCCAACGUAUAAGGACUAUUUUGGCCCCUGGACAGAGCAUACGAAUGCUAUGCACCAAUAUCACCUCUGGGUUGCCCUCCGAUCCGUCGGGCUCGCAGCUAAUCUGCAACACUACAACCCACUAAUCGACGACGAAGUUGCCAAGACCUGGUGCCUUCCCUCCGAAUGGCAUUUGGUGGCCCAGAUGGUCUUCGGCACUGCGACAGGCGAGCCAGCGGAGAAGACAUAUAAGCCGGUAGAGGAGAGAGUGAAGGUGUUUGGGUCGAAAGCAUAA